AUGGAUGCCGUGCUGACGGGAGCGUUGGGAGCCAUCACUACUGCGCCGCCUCGCUUGCCUGUUGCCAAGAACAAGGAACCUCUGGCAUUGAGCACUGUGGCAAUCAACAUGCGCGCUUUCACUCAAAAAUCUGGUCCCAUCUUUUACUUUCAAGAUGCCGUGGAGGCCACUUUGGUGUGGGAUGAUUGGGCAUGGACUACGAUGUGGAUGGCCAUCUGGGCAGUAGUUGCUCUGCAUCCAUUCCUGCUGCUCUGUGCUCCCACCGCCAUCCUCUCGAUCAUCCUGAUGCGAACAUAUGCGGUGCGAUACCCAUCAGGAGUAGCCGUUCCUCUCAACGUUGCAAGCUCUCAGCCCGCCUCGCAGACCAUCGCAUCUGGAGGUGGAGCAGCUGGCUUGGCCACACCCACUCCAGCCCAGAGCGUGGCUCAUAGUCUGAGCAAGCCCACUAGCACCGCAGAGGGUGCAGUCAGAGAUCCCGUCGUGCCCAACCCGCCACACGAAGGAGAGAUCAGAUACUAUGAGAACUUGAGAGACAUUCAGAACAUGAUGAAGAUGGUAACGGAUAUCUACGAUCUGGUCGCGCCCUCUGUAGGGUUCUUGAACUGGUCCUCCUACCCCAGAUCUCUGUUGCUUCUGCAAAUCUCGCUCGUCUUGACGGCCGUGCUGUUCGUCAUUGGCCCUUUUGUGCCACUGCGCCCAAUCUUGCUCGUGGUGGGCGAGCUGGCUUUCUUGGCCAACCAUCCCUGGGUGAAGCCCGCCGUGCAAGGUCUUUCUCGCGCCAUUGAUGAGGAGAGAAAGCAAAAUCCCAAGGGCUUGACGAACAGACAAUUGAAAAAGAUGGAGAAGCGCAACAGGGAAAUGAUGAGAAGAUUGCAGAUCUGGUACGAUGAGGAUCGACUGGAUGACCAGGUUUGGGAGCGAGGAUGGCGAGACGUUGAAAUGUUCGAAAAUGAGCGUUACAUCUCUCCAACAGCCGUUCGUAGCGGACAGACGCCGGGCUGGUCAGUGCACAACUUGCAGUAUGGAGAGAGAAAAUCUUUCACGAAGGCCAAAGACGGGUGGUCAGCUUCAGAGCUUGAAGUGAGCAACUUUGGAACGGAAAUCAGCAGGCAGGUGGCCAUGAGCUUGGAAGAGGGGUGGGAGUGGGUGAAAGGCGACGAAUGGCGCAUUGAUUGGAUCGGCGAGUGGUCCGAUGCCGGAGUAGAUGAAGAGGGUUACGUCUACACCAACAACUCCUGGCUGAAGCCGUCUCCCUAUCCUUACGGUCAUGCCGGCCAGUCCAUCUCUCCACCGCCGUCUCGCUUGCGUCAAGCUUCACGAGCCGCUUCCAUAGCCGGAUCAGCAUUGUCCGAUGCUGGCUCAGAUUCUGAUGAUUCGGUCCUGUCAUUCGAGAGUGACGAGACGGAAAAGGUCAAGAAGGAGGGCAAGAGCGCCAGCGCCAGUCGCAUGGCUGUAACUAGGCGCAGGAGAUGGCUCAAGAGAGCCGUGAGGGUGCAGCCCGCUGCGUAA